CCCUAGCCCUGUGGUAUUUUGCUCUCAGUCUCCGUUGCAGCUCUUUCACCCGCCCCAGGCCCCAACCCCUAUCCUCGUUGCCUUCUCUCCAACAGGGGCUGCCACCAUGGGACGUGUUCGCACCAAGACAGUGAAGAAAUCCUCUCGACAGGUGAUCGAGAGGUACUACUCUCGAAUGACUCUUGAUUUUCACACCAACAAGAAGAUCUUGGAAGAAGUAGCCAUCAUCCCUUCGAAGCGUCUCCGCAACAAGAUCGCUGGGUUCUCUACCCAUCUCAUGAAGAGAAUCCAGAGAGGCCCAGUUCGUGGAAUCUCUCUGAAGCUCCAGGAAGAAGAACGGGAGCGUAGGAUGGACUUUGUACCCGAUGAGUCUGCCAUUAAGACUGAUUUAAUUGAGGUCGACAAGGAGACUAUAGAGAUGCUUACUGCCCUUGGUAUGGCUGACCUUCCGGGUGUCAGCAAGCAAGCCGAUCCAGCUUCUGGUUCUGCACCCACUUACGGUAGGGGCGGUGGCUUCGCAGGUGGUGCUCCACGGAAGUUUUGAUUCCAAGUAGGGUUUUUGGUUCUUGUACUGUUUCCGUCCAAUGAUUGUUACUUUAGGGGAAGAUGGGUAUUUUUGUUUUUGAUUUGAAGACGGGAGAUAAUUUUAGAGAGAUUUAUUCGGUCUUUAUUAUAAUUUUGUUAAGUUUCACUAGGAAUGGAAAAAGCUAUGUGUUUUUUAAGGGUUUUAUUUCUCUAUGUAUCUUUUUUUUAGAUGAUUUCUUUGUUUGGAUUGUUGUGACAGUAGCUAUGUUUCUGUAUUUACAUUUUGAAGGUGAGUCUGUUUCAUAA